AGCUGCAUCUCAUCUAGCUGUCCGAUCACUUCAACAGACGGCAAGAGAUUCGUCGAAUGAUUGUGCUAGGGCUGUUAGUGUUAUUCUCAAGGAUUUUUACAUGGAUGAUCUACUUACUGGUGCAUCUAGUAAAGAAGAACUUCGAUUGUUGCAGCAAAAUAUUUCCGAAAUAUUGAGGGAAGGGGGGUUUGAACUUCGUAAGUGGGCAUCGAACUGCGCUGAGCUAAUCGCAAGCAUUUCUAAUGCAUCUACGAACAUAUCACAUUAUAUUGUCGACGAUAAGGAUGUUCACGCUUUAGGUCUUAUCUGGAACACAGAAGGAGACUAUCUCACGUUUGCUAUUAACUUGAGGGAACCGCCAGUUAAGUUGACCAAGCGCAUGUUUCUAUCAGAUGCAAGUACGCUCUUCGAUCCUCUGGGCCUGCUUGCUCCCGCUACUAUAAAUUCAAAAAUUUGGUUUCAAGACAUAUGGCGCACUAAGGUAGGUUGGGAUGAUAUCAUUCCUGAGUCUAUCGCAACGAAGUGGUUGGAGCAUCGCAUAGAACUCAAGAAACUGGCACAUUUGAAGGUGAAACGUUGGUUUGGUACUGAAGUAGCUGGGUCAUUUACGCAAUUGCACGUAUUCGCAGACGCGUCCGAGCGGGCUUACGCCGCCGUUUUGUAUGCACGAACAACACAAAGCGACGGUAGCAUUAUUGUGUCAUUAAUUUCGUCGAAAACCAAGGUAGCUCCGCUUAAGCCGACAACGUUGCCACGUCUUGAAUUAUGCGCCGCUCAUCUUGCUGCUAAACUAGUGCGAAGCGUGCUGCACUGCUGGUCUGAUCUCCGUUAUCCGCUUUUCGCUUGGACUGACUCUACUAUAACAUUGGCAUGGUUACAAGCUCACCCCAGCAGAUGGGUGACAUUUAUAGCCAACCGCGUCGCUGAUAUUCAAGAAGUUUUGCCUCCCGAAUAGCUGGGCAUACGAAAGAGUAUUCGUGCC